UUCUCCGGUGAUUGGCGCAUGCCCUGUCACUCACCUAGCUUAUUAAGGAAGGGGGUGCAAGCUGCCAAGAUGAAGCACUACGAGGUGGAGAUACUGGAUGCUAAGACCAAGGACAAGCUCUGCUUCCUGGAUAAGGUUGAGCCAAAUGCCACUAUCGGGGAGAUCAAGUCUAUGUUCCACAAGAGCCGUGAAUCCCAGUUUUAUCCAGCCAGACAGUCCAUUCGCCUCGACCCCAAGGGCAAGUCUCUGAAGGAUGAGGAGGUUCUGCAGCAUCUGCCUGUGGGAACCACGGCGACCUUCUACUUUAGGGCUGGAGCUCAGAUCAGCUGGGUCACAGUCUUCCUGACAGAGUACACUGGUCCUCUGGUCAUUUAUCUGUUGUUCUACUUCCUUCCCUUCAUCUACGCACCCAAAUAUGACUUUACCACCAGUAAACACGGGGUUGUACAUCUCGCCUGUAUGUGUCACUCUUUCCACUACGAAAGACUGUUGGAGACGCUCUUUGUCCACCGCUUCUCUCAUGGAACCAUGCCGUUACGCAACAUUUUCAAGAACUGUACCUACUACUGGGGCUUUGCAGCAUGGAUGGCCUAUUACAUCAACCACCCACUGUACACUGUUUCAGUCUAUGGAGAACAACAGAUCCGACUGGCCCUCAUCAUAUUCUUGUUCUGCCAGUUCGGCAACUUUUCCAUCCACAUUGCUCUCCGAAACCUCCGUCCACCAGGUUCUAAGACCAGGAAGAUUCUACCAACUAAAAACCCCUUCACCUGGAUCUUCAUGCUGGUCUCCUGCCCCAACUACACCUACGAGUUGGGCUCUUGGCUCGGCUUCACCCUGAUGACCCAAUGCCUGCCGGUGGCCUUCUUCACUCUGGUGGGCUUCAUCCAGAUGACUGUGUGGGCCAAGGGGAAGCAUCGCAGCUACCUGAAGGAGUUCCGCGACUACCCUCCCCUCCGCUCCCCCAUCCUCCCCUUUGUCCUGUAGAGGACUGCUGAGCUUCUUCCCUGCUUCCUCCCCUGAAUGUAGAAGUCCACCCCGUUCCCUAACUUAUGUCCCUGAACAUAAAACGGCGUUCUUUCCGUUUUCAUGUCCUCAAAUCUACACUGGAGCCUGUUAGACUGACUGUAAGAUCCUAACUCCCUUUUCACUACAAAAAAAGUUGUCUGUGUCCAUCCUGCAAAGGAACAAUGCUCAACACAACACCCCUGUACUGGUUUUUUUAUUGUCCUCAAACAAACUCAUGCUGAUUGGUUGAUUUGUGCUUUUCAGCUCCCAGAUCAGUCCACCAGUGAAUAACAUGCUUUACAUAAGAGCUGUGGUUUGUCGUAGACUGCAUCUGCUUAAGUAACUUUCAGCAAGUCUUAAACUGUUAAGUUUUCCAAACCAUAAGUCUAAAUUUGACACCAUGACAACUUUUCAUUUUGUUGAUGUCUGAAGUAAUUUAUUAAUAAAAGGUAAACCACA